UUCUCAGUGAUUUAUCUUUUUUAUACCAAAGAAUGGUGCAGAGGAUGGGAACUUGAAAAUUUUGUUACAUCCUGGUUGCUCCUAGACGGGAUGUAAAAAAUUGGGGGCUCGUCCGUUUCGUCUAAAUCUGGUGAGUAUUUUUUUCUCUUGAUCUCUGGUUGGCAGAUUUCUCUGGUGGAGGGGGAGAUGAAAAUGGAGUUUUCUCUAGAUGAUUUUGUGUUAUCUCCCACAUUAGAUAAAUUGGAGAAAUGUAAAAAAGCAGAUUUGCUCAUUGUGGCUAACCAUUUUGGAGUUGAAGUGUCUUACAUGUUUUGCAAGCAUAUGAACUUGUUCCGGAAGCAUACAGGCAAAAAUUUAGAAAUUUUGAUAAACCUGCCAACCAGACAUUCGUUGAGUUUGCGCGAGAUAAAACAGUUUUAUUUGAUAAAUGGUGUCACUCUUCCAAAGUAAAAUCACUGGAAGAUUUAAGAGAACUUAUUUUGCUGGAAGAAUUUAAAAAAUGUUUGCCUGAGCGUAUUGUUGUUUAUUUAAAUGAACAAAAAGUUUCUUCACUCACUAAAGCAGCUUUGCUGGCCGAUGAGUUUAUUCUAACUCAUAAAACUGUGUUCACCUCGUCCACUAGGCCUGCUUAUCAGAACGUUCCAUCUGAAAGAAGUAAAUUUCCUAAAGUGACGCGUAAAAGUGUUUCCUCUUCUUCUACUGAAACUCGCGAAUGUUUUUACUGCCACGAAUCAGGUCAUCUGAUUGCUGUGUGUCCAGU